AAUAAUAAAUAUUAAAAAAAAAAUUAAGAAAUUUUACAAAAAUUAAGAAAAAUUAUAAAUUGUAAAUAAAAUUUUAGAAAAUAAUAAACUAAACAUUUAUAAAAAUAUUAAAUGAUAACUUAAAGCUAUUCUGAUGACUUACAAUAGAUUUCUGAAGAGGAAUAUUAUUCCUCUACAUAUAGCAUGUUUAAUAAUAAAUAGAUUAACUGUAUCGGAUAUGAUCAACUGGUUUUUGUAGCUAAUUACCCAAACAACAAUAUGACAAAUAGUUAAAAUUUAGAAUCUAAAGCCUAUCCAAUAAAUUUUAAUGCUCUAGAUGAUAUGGAAACAGAAAGUGAGCUAUCUGAUUAAGAUGCAUUUAUAAUAUAAGACAUAAAUCAUGAAAAAAUAAAACUACCAAUAGAUUCAGAAUUUUUGAAUAAAAGUGAUUAAAAAAAUAAUAUUUAUUCUUUAAAUAAUGAAAAUUAAGAAGUGCAGGGUUAGGAAUCUAAAAUAUAGCAAUAACAUAUCACUAAUAUUAUUUAAGAUCAAAUUUAAAACGAAUUGCAUGAAAAUAAAGAUAGUAAACAGGAAUCUUUCGAUCAAAACUUUAAAUUAUAAAAAAAAAAGUCAUAAAUAUAAAAAAAUGAAUAAAAUUAACAUGAUGAAGAAGGUUAAAUUCUUACUCAGUAUUAAAAGAAAAAAAUCUUAAUUGAAUAACUUAAAGAAGCUAAUAUUUUGUUAGAUUGGGAUUGCUAUAAAAAAUAAAAUGUAUUGUAUGAAUACUCAAAUCAAUAAGGUGGGGCAUCAAGAAGGAAAAAAGGAAAAUAUUCAGAAAUUGAUAUUAUAGAUUUACCAAAUCCUAAUUUUGAAACAAAUGGUGCAGUAAAUUCAUCUUAUGCUGUUACAAAAGAAAAAGAAAGAGAAAGAGAAAGCAAGCGCUAAAAAUAAAACAGUAAAUCGUCUUCUAAUGAAAAUCAAUAAAAAGCAAAAUUUGUUAAUUUUUCUUCAGAUGACACAGAUGUAGUUGAAAACAUAAAAACAAAAUCAUCAUUAAAAUUUAUUUAAGAAGAAGAGGGGCCUAUUAUUGAAGCUAUAGAAGUAGAAGAAGAAGAACUGCUCCAAAGAUAAAAAGAAUUCAGAUAAAAUUUAUUCAAAAUGGGUAGAUGCACCAUUCCUUGCAAUAAAACCUUAGUUUCAAGCUAAGUUUAAGCUAUAAUACCAUAAAUAAAACCUAUAGAAGAAGUAAAGGAAACCUGGGUUCUCAAAGAUUUAGACUAGCUUCUUUAAUUUAAAAACUCAGAAUAAUACAAUAAACUUGAAAUAUACAUGAAUUAGGCUUUUGGAGUUAGAAAACCUGAGGAAGUUUUUAAUAUUUUAAAAUUGAAUAAUUAUGAUUUAAAAUAAUCUAUUGACUAUUGCAAUUAUCAGAGAGAUUUUCUUAUUGAUGUAUUUAAAAACAAGGAUUUAGAAAGAAAGAAAAAAUUAAGCAGUAAAAGAAAAUUAGAGAAAAGAGAUUACAUUUGA